CGCAACUCCAUUGUUCGCUCCAAUUGGAAGCCCCGCCCCCUCUUUUGUCUGGCGGCGCGGUGAUUGGUCGGCGGCGGGUGGGGGCUGCCGUCAGCGCUCGGAAAGCCCAUUCAUCUGUGCACUUGGGCGUUGGACUCCGCAUCUUAUUAGCGACCAGGGAGAUUUCUCCAUUUUCCCCUUGUCUACAGUACGGCUACAAAUCUGGGAUUUUUAUUACUUCUUUUUUGUACUAAACUUGGGCUUCUAAUAUUUUUGCUCGACUUUUUCCCCUUCCUUUUUUCCCCCCUUUCUUCCUGCGCUGCUGCCUUUUUUGAUCUCUCCAGCUUUAUUUUUUAUUCCAAACCUCCCCCCCCACCAAGGAGUCUAUAUAUAAAUAUAAUCGGUUCUGUUCUCUUUUCCCUCCCUCCUCCUCCCCCUCUGGUGUGCUUGUGUGUGUGCGCUGCUGCUCUUCAGGCUGCUGGUCGAUCAGCAUUUAUACAAACCCGCCGCUCUUUGUUUCCUCUCCUCUUGGAUCUGUUGAGUUUCUUUGUUGAAUAAGCCAGCAUGGGUGCCCAAUUCUCCAAGAACGCUGCAAAAGGCGAAGCCGCCGCCGAAAAACCCGGAGAAGCAGUGGCUGCAUCUCCUUCCAAAGCGAAUGGUCAGGAGAAUGGCCAUGUGAAGGUGAAUGGCGAUGCCUCGCCAGCAGCUGCGGAGGCAGGCAAGGAGGAGGUCCAAGCCAAUGGCAGUGCGCCAGCAGAAGAGUCAGUGAAGGAAGAGCAGACCCCUUCAGAGCCAGCCUCUGAGAAGGAGGCGGCAGAAGCAGAGAGCACUGAGCCAGCCUCUCCUGCCGAAGGGGAGUCUUCCUCGAAGACUGAGGAGGGAACUACUCCUUCUUCUAGCAAUGAGACCCCGAAAAAAAAAAAGAAGCGCUUUUCCUUCAAAAAGUCCUUUAAGCUCAGUGGCUUCUCCUUUAAAAAGAACAAAAAGGAGGCUGGGGAAGGAGCUGACAAUGAAGGUGCAGCUGCUUCCGCAGAAGGAGGCAAGGAUGAAGCAGCUGCUGCCCCAGAGACUGCAAACAAUGAGGAGAGCAAACCUGCCCCAGAGGAGUCCUCUGCUGCUGCUGCUGCUAGCAGCUCAGAGGAAACAAAGGAGGAGACUGGUGGCUCACAGGAAGCCAAAUCGGAAGAGACUGCACCAGAAAAGCCUUCAGGAGAAGAGGGUAAACCCACUGAAGAGCAGCAGCAGAAGCCCGAGGAGAAACAGGAAGAGGCAACAGCUGCCCCUAGUGCUACCACCGAAGCCACCUCAACUGAACAAGAGGCACCCAAAGCAGAGGAGCCAGCAGUAGCUCCGACACAGGAAGCUCCAUCUGAGUCCAGUCCAGAAGCUCCACCCGCUGAGUCAGCAGAGUAGAGAAUUGGCAGUUUUGCAAUGAUUGAACUUUUCUUCCCCCCUGUUUGUUUGUUUGGAGUGGUGCCAGGUACUGGUUUUGGAGAACUUGUCUACAACCAGGGAUUGAUUUUAAAAGAUGUCUUUUCUCUUUUUUUGUCUCUACCCGCAGAUCCCAUCUCAGAUCAUUGUGUUGCCACCAUUCCAAAUUGGUAGAGGAGAGACUAAAUGUCUCCCUCCUCCUUGUUCCUUUUUUUUUUUUUGCAUCAGUAUUAAUGUUUUUUGCAUACUUUGCAUCUUUAUUCAAAAUGUAAACUUUUUUUUCCUCUGUCAGUCUAUGGACAUGCCCAUAUAUGAAGGAGAUGGAUGGGUCAAUAAGGGAUAGCAAAUGAAGUGAUAGGGGUCACAAUGGGGAAUUAGUGGUGCAGAUAACUUGCCAAGAAAAUGUGCCACAAGAAAUAAGGGGUUAGUCUUUUUUAAAAAGAAAGUUAUUACAAUGUAUUUUGUGAGGCAGAUGUUCUAUAAGGUUUACAACACUACAGGUCUUGACUAAGAAGGAAGAAAAAAAUUCCAAUACUCAGAUUUAAAAAAAAAAAUCAUAGUCUUAGGAAAUUCAUUUAAACCAUAGGAACUUUUCACUUAUCUCAUGUUAGCUGUACCAGUCAGUGAUUAAGUAGAAAUACAAGUUGUAUAGGCUUUAUUGUUUAUUGCUGGUUUAUGACCUUAAUAAAGUGUAAUUAUGUAUUACCAGCAGGGUGUUUUUAACUGUGACUAUUGUAUAAAAACAAAUCUUGAUAUCCAGAAGCACAUUAAGUUUGCAACUCUUUCCACCCUGCCCAUUUUUUUUUUUGUAAAAUUGCAGUAAUCUUGGACCUUAAAACACACACACACACACAAACACAAUUUUAAACUCAACCAAGCUGUGAUAAGUGGAAUGGUUACUGUUUAUACUGUGGUAUGUUUUUGAUGACAGCAGACGAUGCUUUCUUAUUCCAGUUGUCUUUGAGAAUAAAGAAGAAAAAACCAAUUUCAGAUGCAAUGGUUUUUGUGUAGCAUCUUGUCUAUCAUGUUUUUUUGUAAAUACUGGAGAAGCUUUGACCAAUUUGACUUAGAGAUGGAAUGUAACUUUGCUUACAAAAUUGCUAUUAAAUUCCUGCUUAAGGUGUUCUAAUUUUCUGUGAGCACACUAAAAGCGAAAAAUAAAUGUGAAUAAAAUGUAGAA